AUGACGGAUAGGGCGAGGGAGGUUCUCGACAUGCUUCUUGGGCCGGACAGAGAUGUUUACGAUCCCAGCAGGACGUCUUCAGCGAGGACGAAUGUGUGCACAUACAUGCUUGUCUCGUUCUGUCCAUUUGAGCUGUUCAGAAAUACCAGAAGGAGUAUUGGAAGGUGUAAAUACAGCAACCACGAGGAAUACUACAAGGCCGAGUACAAUAGAAGCGGAAGAGAGAGACAUGAAGAAUACGAGUGGGAGUUUCUCCGGUUGCUUGUCGAGAUUGUUUUACGUGUCCAGGAUGAGAUCCGAGAAUGCGGUGCAGAGGAGGUGGCAGACAUUUCCUUGCUUGGAAAAAUCAAGGAGAAAGAAGAAGCAUUCAAUAGGAUGUACCAGAGCAUAGAGAGGCUUGGGAUGGAAGGAAAUGUGGAAGAGGCAUGGCACAUCUUCAAUGAGUGUGAAAAGGCAAAGGAGGAGCUGGAGAAGAUGAAGGAGGCAUACUAUGUGAAGAAUAGUGGUGCAGGGAUGGGGAAGUGUAGCAUAUGCGGGGUCAACCUAAUUCUAAGCGACACAAAUGUGAAAAUUAACAGGCAUCUGGGGGGAAAGCUUCAUAGAGGAUACCUUCAGGUUAGGAGUAAGCUAGGGGAGCUUUUGGAGAAGUUCGGGAUCUCCAGCGUGGCAGAGAUAUUUCCAGAGGGCUUUUCGUUCAAGUAUUUGAGAAGGUAG